AUGGAUUACCAAGCAUACUACAGUCUGCGACAGCGACCUCGAGGCGGCGGACGCCUUGUGGAGGAACACGCGUACCUGAUGAGCAUGGCUUCACAUGCCCCGGCUGUCUUCGUGAAUGUGGAGUUCCACAAGAGGCGGGUGGUGCUGUUGGCCGUCGCGCUCUGGCGUGAAGUCUCCAAAGAAGAAGCCCUCAUCGUUGAUAAGUUCGCUACCACGAGUUGUAGAGACGUGAAGAUCAUUCAGUCACUUUUAUUCGUUUCUGCAACUGGAUCUAAUGAGGCCGAUCGGGAACCUACGAGCAUCUCUGGGCCAGUGGGCAAGCUGAAGCCAGAGUACCCGCAUCUAGCUUGGCAUCUGAAGAUUGCCGCAGUGACUCCCGUGUUGCAGCCAAAAACAGCUAUUUGCAAACUCGCCCCCGCAUACCCUCAGGGUCGUAUCCGGAAUUCUGAGGCCUACCCUUGA